CGUGGUAGUAAUCCAUGGGAAACAAAAUAGCGUGUCUGAGCCCUACAUUCACCUCCGCAUGAGAACGAGAGAGCUGGACUACAGCGUCUUGGACCAUGUGAUGUGUCAGAGGGUUUGCGAUGGAGGGGACAAUGGUGACGGCAGGGCAGGAAAAGCCACAGAAGCGGGUGAGGUUCCGCGUGGCUUCGGGGAACAGUGGCCGGGUGCUGAAGGAGAUGUUCAAAGAUGAGGGGCCCUCAGAUUCCCUGGAUUCAGACUGCACCAGCAGCUCUGAUGCUGAACGAGCCAGCACCCCUUCUACAAGUGGAGAUGUACAUGGACACCUGUUUGGAUACCUGGGCUCCGAGCUGGACGACAGUGAGAAUGAGCCCGAUGACCUACUCAUGUAUGCAGGAGCCACCAAGGACUGGAUGUUCACCACCAAGAGGGUCAACAUACUCAGCAAAAAUGGGACUGUGAGAGGUGUCAAGCACAAAGUCAGCGCAGGUCAGACGCUGUUUGAAAACCUUCCUAAUUCCAACAGCAUGGAUUUAUCCCUCGAGUUUGGACGGAUGGUGAUCUACACCACGAGUUUCCGCGUGGUUAGGACAACGUUUGAGCGCUGCGAGCUGGUUAGAAAGAUCUUUCAGAACCACAGAGUGAAGUUCAUGGAAAAGAACAUCGCCCUGGACAUUGAGUACGGGAAGGAGUUGGAGGCGCGCUGCAAGCGUGUGGGCGAACCUCCUUCUUUACCAGUCGUGUUCGUCGAUGGACACUACCUUGGGGGUGCUGAGAAGAUACUUGCCAUGAAUGAAUCAGGAGAGCUGCAAGAUCUUCUCACAAAAAUUGAGAGGGUGCAGCAUCCCCAGACGUGCCAGACCUGCGGGGGCUUUGCCUUCAUCCCAUGCCCGAUGUGCCAUGGCAGCAAGAUGUCUGUGUUUCGCAACUGCUUCACAGAUUCCUUCAAAGCCCUCAAGUGUACUUCCUGCAAUGAGAACGGCCUACAGCCGUGUGCGAGCUGCAGCCAGUGAGGGUGUUAAGUGCCUGAAACAACAUCCCUCCUUCCUUCCUUAGGACCGUACAAAGGGACUGCACUAAUACAAAGGCAGUCAAGGUCCAUACAGCAGGACUCUUCUUCCAGGGCCAUUGUUAACAAACAAAAAUUGAAUUUGUAAUAAAAUCUGUGAGUUCAUGGAUUUCCUGUUGUUAUUGUUGAUGUGUGUGUGUUAGAGCCUUGUUUUUAGUUGUUCUCACUUUAGAUUCUUGCAAAACCCCCAUUCAAAGAUUUUGUUUACAUCCCCAA